CUUAAAAAAACACUGUAUAAGUAAUUAAUGUUUAUAUUCACCAUGAUUAAAUGUUUACUUAAACAACUGGAUGAUAUUUAGGUUAUCCGAACGAAACAAAUCCCACAAGUACAGCGACGCCUUUUGAGGAAAUGAAAAUGAUUAUUUCACAUCAUCAAAGUAUAAUUGAGAAAUUAAAAAGUUACUUUAAAUACUUUGAAAUGAUGACUAUCGUACAAAUAUUUACUUCCUCAACGUCUCUGAUUUGUGCAUCGUACGUCCUAGCAUUGAAUUAUUUAUCCGGUGAACUAAAUUCCAUACAGUCGUUGAAAGUAUUGUUCACUAUACCGUCGUUUUCAUUUCAAUUGUUUUUGCCGUGCUACAUAUUUGGAAACCUAUCGGAAAAACAAUCGUCAAUAAUUUUCGCUAUUUACAGCAGCAAUUGGACGGAAAUGAAUUUGAAAUCUAGGAAGUUGGUGCUGUCAGCAAUGAAAAUGAAUAAUGCCAAUCAGUUCAAUAUGAAAAUGACAUACACGAAGCUCAUCUGCAUGGAGUUGUUUGCAGUGACAAUACAAAGGUGCUACUCCAUUUUGUCAAUGCUGGUCAACACAAAGAUGAAGUCAGAAUAAAGAAUUUGGAAAGAACUAUUUUUAUUUACAUA